UGUUUUUGACGUUCUUUUAAAAUUCUUGUGGGAUGGACUGAAGUUUCCAUGUACUUUUCGAGAUAGCAGCGUUACCUUUUUACAAGAAGUCAUGAAUGGAUGCAACGUUGUGUUGGUGGUAGUGAUUUCUAGCAUGAUUAUCAAUGGAGGUUUAGUUAAGGGUUUACGAGGGAAGAAGGGUACGAAGCAUCAACAUGAAUUCCUAACGCCUUCAAAAAACUACGAAAGUCAGAAAGAACAGAAUGACAUGGUAAAGUCGAGAACUUCAAGAAAAGGAUUGCCAGAGAAAAAUAUGAGGGCAGCUUUUAAUACAGGUACAUCUUAUGCUGAAACUAAGGCCAAAAUGGUGGUAAAACAAGGUAGUCUAGUGGCAAGAGAUCAGUUAUCUGAAGCUGAUUCCGAGGUUUCAGCGUUACCAUAUAUCGCUCUUCCUCCUAAUAAUGUUCUACCAGAUGACGACAAGAAAAAGAUUAGUAUCAGUAAACUUGGAAAUAGGAACUCGGUAACGAAGCAGCAUAUACCAGUAACAGCUAUACCACUUGUCGUUACAGCUACAGCAUCUUCAACAAUACAAAUACCACCUUCUCCUAAACCACCAAUUCCUACACCAACGCCUCAUUCCACCACACACCCUACACCUCAACCUGUUAAUAUUAAUUUGGUACUACCCACGAUGCCUCCAAUAGUGCAGAAACCUUCGCCUCCUUUGAAUCAUCCUAAAGAACUAGAGGAGUCUAAUGUGACCAAGAUAGAUUUGAGUUUAAAUAUCGGAGAAGAACAUCAAAAAGAGAGGCCAGUCAUCAUUCAGGUGCCUCCGACAAAUCCACCAUCUGGUGUAGGCGAAGUUGUGUCUCAGAUUCAAAAGGCACAAGAAAUGAAUUCCCAGCUAUCAUUGCUAGCAAACACGCCACUACAAAGACCCUUGCAAGGCCCUCCUUUAUGGAACACACCUUCGGUGGUUGCGUCGAUGCUCGGUAUGCGUAAUCCACCGUACAAUCCAUUGUCCAUCGAGGAAAUGAUGUCACAAAACGGAAAUCCUUAUGGCUAUCCACCUUGGAAUGUCCCUCCAAACAGUUUACCUUUUCAAGAAACACCAGGAUUUAUUUCUACAUUACAGCAAGGCUUAAUGAGACCCAAUAACCCAUUAAUGGGGCCGUUCAAUGCGAAUCAAAUGUCUCCCGUUUCUUCCCUCUCAAAUCUGCUGUCAAAUGCCCUUAAAUCAUCUUUGAGUCAAUCACAGCCUGACCUUAUUACAUCUGCUCUUUCCCAGGCAGCAUUACAAGUACAGGCUCAAAAGCAGCCACCACAGAUGUUAACAUCAGCUCUUACUCAAGCGAUUGCAAAAAUAGUCAGCCAAAACGGUGAGCCUUCUGAGGAACAGAAACUUACAGAGAUUUUAGGUGCUGCGCUCAACUUACCCAAGGGUCUGGAUCCUCAGAAGAGAUUCCUUCCUACAGCAUCAUCACUGAAAGUUGAAAUAGUUAAUCCAACCACUUCGCCACUUCUUCCUCUCAACCCGGUUCUCAAACAAGGAAAAUUUAUUGGUCCCGGCGAACAGCAGAUUAUUAGUCUGAAUGUCUCACCUUUUUUACCACAGCAAAAUCCUGGGAGUCUUUCACCAGUCUUGCCUCAACAAAAUCCUGGUAAUGUACCGCCCGUAUUACCUCAACCCAAUCCUGCUAACACACCACCCGUGCUGCCUCAGCCUAAUCUUGCCAAUGCACCGUCCUUGUUAUCUCAACCUAAUGUUGCCGACACACCGCCCGUGCUAUCUCAGCCUAAUUCUCCCAACGCACCACCUUUACCUCAACCGCAAGUAUUCCCACCUCAAAAUAGCCCUGCGAAUUCACCACCGAUGCCUCCCAAUACAGCAAAUGUUUCUCCUGUAUCACCUCAGAUACCUAACCAACAGGCCUCAUACAACACUCCAAUUCUAGACCAGAUUACAGCAAGUGCACUUGGAAAAGCGAUGGCAAAGGCACUGGUGAACACCGCUAAAAAAAUUGUGUAUAAUAAACCUGCAACCCAGAGAGACAGGAUAAUCAGUAACAACAAUAUAGUGCACUUUCCUCGACGCUUGCAAAACUUUAUUCGAACUACUUUUUUCCAUUCCAAUAAAAUCCCCCAUCCUUAUUUAAGAACCUUUUUGCCUAUCAACGGUCUAAAUGCUUUAAGACCACCUUUUGGACCUUUCAAGAUGAGAUAUUUACGUCAUAGAUAUCUGUGUUGCUAUUGUUAGCCUUUACAAAAAAAUAGUGGUUUCCUAAACUCAUAAGGCACUAUGGAAAUGAUGAUUGAGGUUUUUGCCAAUAAGAAGGUUCAUCAGCCCUAAACGUUCCAGAAAAUAUAGUUUUUGAUGCUAUUAGCUAGUUAAAAUAGCAAUAUGAUAAACACAAGAUGCUUCAAAACCAACUAUUUGGAGUUAUAGCUAUGAAUAUAAAUGAAACCCCUUUUGCAGGUAG